AUGACAUGUACUACUAAAAAUAGUUCUUGUGACGAUGAUAUUACAUCGGCUCCCAAUACUUCCAAUGUUUCUCGUAAUGAUAUCUCAACUAUAGGAGUUGAAAGCUUUUCAACAACCAUAACCGAUCCUUCUAUUAACACUUCAAAUGAUUUUAAAUUCACAAAUCGUACACCUGGUACUUUAUUUAACCAUUCAAGACAAAAUUUAAAUUUGAUUAGUUAUAAAAGUUCAGAGAAAUAUCGUAUGAAUCAAAAUUAUGUGCUGGAGGAUACUUCAAUGAAGCAUGAUGAUGGCGUGUUGCAUAAGAAAGAAUUGAAUAAUAUCAAUAGUAAUCUCACAGAAAUAAGUGGUUUAAGUAAAGAUGGUAGUAAUAGUUGUCUUAGAAUAAGAGAAGAAAUGUUGCAAGAUGAAAGGGAUAAAAACAUCACUAUUUCUACUUGCAACCCUAGUGUCUCAACGUCUCUAGUUAAAGUUGGACCACCAGAUACCUCUUGUUCUACAAACAAUACUAAACUGGGUAUCUCUAAAUCAUAUUUCAUACUUGUUAAUGAAUUGGAAAAUAAGUGUAACGAGUUAGAGGCUAAACUAAUAAACCAAAAUAACGAAAUUAGUAUGAAAAACACUGAAUUAUCUAUGAACAAAAAUAAAUUGCGAAAUGUUGCAAAAAUGACUGAAAACUUGAAAACCUCGAUGCAUAUACUACAAGAAAAUUUGGAUUUGGUGCAGAAUGAAAAAAAGCAAUACUCUAAAACGUUUAGAAUCUUGCGGGACGAAAACAUAAGUAUAAAGAAUAGAAUACGUUCGCUUAAAGAUGAGAUAAAUGAAUCAAUAAAAAAGAUUGAUCUAUAUAAAUCAAAGUACAAUAAAUUCAAAUUCAGACUUGAAAGUCAAAAUCUCAAAAUCAUCAGCUUGAACAGCACAGUAGAUGAAUUGUCAGGUAACUUAUCAGAAGAAAAGUUGAAAACUUCCUCUUUGGUUCAGGAGAUAAGUCAAAUUAAUCAGAACCACAGUGAGAACAUGAUUCUGUUGCAGAACCAUUUGCAAAAUAUGUUGUCAGAUAAACUCAACAGUUCUUUGCCUUCCUUAAUUAAAAAUGAGAAUAGCUUGUUACAAGAAGCACUCUCAAAUAUUAGUAAAGAUGUUCAGGAAAAGUUGAACAUUAGUUACUGUCAGAUGAAAAAUGAUUUUACAAAAUGUAACGAUUUUAAUCACACAAAAUAUGAAAAUAACUUCCAUACGUUAUCUUCACAAUUAUCUUCCAUAAAUGAUAAUAUUUCUGGAAAACUAGGUCCACUUGUUAAGCAAAUCGAGAAUCGAGGCCAAGUCUUUUUUUCUAAUUUGAAGGAUGAUAUUUUGAUACCAAAUUUCGCAGCCAUUUUAAACAAGAGUGAUACACACUUCACUAAGAUUGAAAGCAACUUGAAUGAUGUCAAUACAGCUAUAUAUCAGCAAGUGUCCAUAGAAAAGGACUAUGAAGAAAAAGUUUUUAAAAUAGAACUGCAUUUAAGCGAAGUGACCAAUUCUAGAGAAGAAUAUAUGGAUAAGUAUCAAAAGUUACAGACUGAAAAAGCUAAACUUGAUAAGACUAUAUCUAUUCUUGAAAGGAAAAGCUUUGAAUCUUCACAGAAAUUGGCACAUGCAAACGAAUCAUUAACAUUAGUUCAACGUAGUUUGGAAGAUGCAAGAUCUGAAAUACAGAAUCUAAAGCUGCAAUCUCAAGUGGAAAAGGAUGCCUACUCUAAAAGUUACGAGUCUCAAAUUCAGUCUUAUAAACAACUAAGUUCAAUUACUAUGGAUGAGAAAACAAGAAUGAAGAAUGAAGCUAAUUGUUUAUUGAUGAAGGUUGCAGAAUUAGAAAAGUACAAAUUAGAUUUUGACAAAGUUCUGAAUAAAAAUCAUUCCCUUCUACUUGAAAUAGAGCAAUCUACUAAUGACUUGAGAAAAUCUCAUGAAGAUAAGCAAUUGCUUGAGAAUGAAAUGCUUAUCCAACACUCCAAAUUUAUUGAAAAAUAA